AUGACUUACUUAGCGACACGCAAACCGAUGCGAAACCUGUUUAGCCUCCACAACCAGAUGGAGAAGGUUUUUAGCGACCUCUUCACUUCUCACGAAGGUGAAACAGAUACGGACAAUACCGCUUGGAUGCCUACGGUUGACGUUUCUGAAACGGAAAAUGGAUUUGAGAUCCGCGCCGAACUUCCCGGUGUGUCGGAAAAGGAUGUCAACGUCUCCGUGACCGACAACUUGCUCACUAUCAAAGGUGAAAAGCAUCAGGAAGCGGAGACAGACGGCAAAAACUACCACCGUGUCGAAAGACGGUACGGCAGCUUCCAGAGAAGUUUCACGUUGCCAAGACACAUCGAAACCGAUGCUAUCAAAGCGGAAUUCAAGGACGGUGUCUUGACACUCGGAAUUCCGAAGGUGGAAGCAGCGAAACCGACUGAAAUCCCGAUUACAGUAAAUUCCUAA